AUGUCUCCCGUUCGGCUGUGUCUGUCCCUGCUGCUGAUGGUGCCACAGCUGAUGACGAGCUCAGAGGCUCGGCUGGUACCGGUACUGCCUAGGGGUGACCACGGCCGCGGCACGUUGGCCACCCCGGCCACCGGUAGCUGUGCCCAGUGCGGCGUGCUUUGCUUGCUCCAGCCAGGCUGCCGUGCUGUAGCGUGCUCCGAAAACACCGAGACAGGCACUUGUCAGUUGCUUGGGGACAAGAUCAGGAUUUGCGACCCAGGCUGGACAGAAUUCGAAUCGGGCAGGACAUGCUUCAUUUUUCAAGCGGAUAAGCUUGAUUGGAACGCAACGAGAGCUGCGUGCCGUAAUCUACGCUCUGGCGCCGAGCUCGCCUCAAUCCACUCGGAGGAGGAAAAUAACCUUGUCAAGUCGCUAAUUCCGAAAGCUGGAGCCUUCAUCGGUCUGGAGCACACAGGUCCGUCUGCGACCCGGGACUUCCGCUGGCUGGACGGUACCCCGUUCGACUUCACCCACUGGCGCGAUGGUCAGCCCAACGACAAUGCAGAAAACGACCUCUGCGUGGUGGCUGAGCGAGAGACCGCACUCUGGUUGGACUAUACCGUUCAAGUUGGAAUGCUCAACUAUGGAGGACUUUGCAAGUACACACCCUAA